AUGCAAAUAAGCAGAGAAAAACGUACAAGUCCCAGAUUUCAGAUCAUCCACACCAAUCCGCAGGGUCCAGUUGUAUGGCUGACGGCGUUCGACGUCGGUGAACCAACCAUGUGUGCCGGAACGGGAGCGAGUGGUGUCUUGUGGGGAAUCGCCCACAUCUCGGAGGACUUGGCGCCGGCGCCAAGACGAGCUGCCUAUCUGGACGUCGUCACUCGAGCACUUGGAGGAAACGGACAGCAACCUGAGGAGUACUUCGCGGCAGAUCCAUCCAGCCGUGGUUCCAUAGCUGUUCUGCCGCCAAAUGUCGACAUCUCCUCGCUUCAAUAUCUACAAGGAGUGAACGACCAUGGAGAGCGGAUACUGUUCGCCUCUGCCGAGUACUCGAACGUCUCUAUGGGACUGAUGAACGGAGCCGUUCUUUCUGGAAAAGCAGCUGGAGAGAUGGUGGCGCGCCGUCUGCGAAGUGUUGCCGAAACCGAUCGGGAAGACAACGAGAUCGCCAAUCUUAUCCGCCUUAACGAUGAGGUCGCGAAGACCACUCGACCACUUCAGGUUUCGGUAGACAGUAGACCAACCAACGACACCACGACUGCCGCUGCAUUCGUCUACAACACCUCAACACAUUACCCACUCACUCAGCCCAUCGAGGUCACCACCUUCAAGCACUUCAGUUUCGGGAACGUCGACGUCGAUGAAGAAGAUGAUCCGAGCAAUGUAAUCCAGAACGACGAGACCACAGGAGAAAGUGCUGGCGUAGACACAGCCAGUGAAGGGACGUCUUUCGUCUACCACACGUCGACUCUCAAUCCACCUGCGGAACCGCUGGAAACGUCAACGUUUAAGCAUUUCAGUUUCGGGAACGCUGAACAAGCACCACUCUUCGUGAUGCCGCCACGAUCGGGGCCUCCUGCCGCCACGGCCACCUUCCCGACGACAACAACAACUGCCCGAAGCACAUUUACUCCAAGUAACAGGAACAGGAGCACGACACCGUUCCAGUACCACACCUCGACGAUCAACACGCCAGUUGAAGCGGUUGAAGCAGCUCCUUUCGUGCAUUUCAGCAAUGGAAAUGUUGACGCAGCUCCUUCAAAUGACACCGUUUCGUCGUUGCCCAACCAGGACAUCGCCAGGAGGCUGAAGGAGAUUUUGGACGAGGCGCCCACGUCCAGCUCACUUCAACUUGCCCGACAACUCUCUGCAAUUCUCCAUAAUAUUCUUCUUU